UUUGACGGAUCAAGCGCGCAAGCUUUUUUAACAAUGAAAAAUUACGGCGUAAUCUGUUCGCUUCUCUGCCUCAUUGUCGUGGUCAACGCGGUUCCCCAUUUAGAGCGAAAAAAUGGUUCAUCGAAAGUUAAAGUCACCUUGACACAGUGCCUGAUUGAGCAUAGUAUAGAUCCAGCUGUCCUUGAACCAAAUAGUAGAGACGAAGAUCUGCGCGACAGUUUGAGCGAUGAAAAGAGGGGAUGCCUGAUGGCCUGCGUUUAUCGUGCUUUUCAUUGGAUGAGACCAGAUGGAACCUUUGACAUUGAUCUUUUGGCUAAAGGAGUUACGUCUGAAGAAUCAGAAGCGAAAAAAAAGAAGUAUUUAAAAAUGAUUGAAGAAUGCAGAAAGGAAGUUGGCAAAGAUGACUGCAAGUUUUUCCGCUGCCUCCAUCUGAAGGAUAUUUAAAUCAUUAUUAUUUGCGGUUAAGAUUGUUUUGAUGUGAAAGAUAUACUACUCUUAAAUUUUUUUUACUGCUGUUAUUGAAAUUUUGUAAAUAGAGGUGUAAUUUUUUAGAGGUUGCCAUAUGAUUGCUUACUACUUUUAUUAAUUUAUCUAAAACAUAUAAUGUAUGACGAAUAUCAUCCAACUAAUAAUACUUUUAUUAUAAUUUAAUGACCAAACUAAUGGCUAUGAUCAUGUAACUUUGUGAUUUUUAUAAAUACUCAAAAACAAUAUGAAAAAUAUAAUCAGCGUACACAAUAAUUAUAUUUUGUUAUCUUA